AUGUCUCGUACAGCUACUCAAUUUUAUUCAUUCAAGACAAUCCGAGGAGUGACUGUUUUGGUGAACAACGCUGCAAAGAACUUGAGUUACUGUACAAAUCAAGAACCUAAUCGUGACGAUCUCCUUGAAAUCUUUAACACAAACGCUGCUGGUGCAACUGUACUCACCCAGACAUUCCUUCCACUGCUGCGUAAAGCCGCCAGUCAAAUUUUCACAGACGAGUUUUCCUUUAAUCGAGCAGCAAUUAUUAACAUCUCUUCCACGCUUGGUUCGCUCGAAAAAAAUCGUGUGGGAUCAGGCCCUAACGAGGAUCUGCUGGCUUACAGAAUGAGCAAGUCCGCAGGGAUGACCAUUGCCUCGGGCGUACCUGUUGUAGGGACUUCGGUCCAUGGUUACGGUAGAAGAGAUGAUAUGCUUAUGUGCAACUGA